GAUGCUACCUCGCCUAUGCCUACUGCGUACUUUUCCAUCUUUUGUCUGCUUCUAGGGAGAUACUACAAAGCGUGCAUUGAUAACAGCCCCGUGCUUUCUUUUUCUCUCGGUUGUAGCACCAGUAUCUCCAGUCUAUCAUCCAUCGGUAGUAUAAAACCGGCAUACAGCGCACUGAAGGAACUCCAUUCAUCAAGCAGCACUCAACGCCCUUUCGUCAUCUCGAAUAUCAAAGAUCGCAUAACCAUGGACGGAGCACCAGAACCAGUCAGGGUUGGUGGAGUCAAUCCGAUGGAGAAUCUGGAAACGGAGCAUCACGACUUCAUCAAGGCUGCAUUGGAGCAAAGCAAAACGCACGCUGGGCGUAAGUACAAGAUUGUUCGGGCCACCCAGCAGGUGGUGGCUGGAUCGCUGCACACGUUCUACAUCGUGUUUGAGGAUGAUGAAACGCAACAGGAGUACAAGAUUACCGCCUGGAGCCGACCGUGGCUGCAGGACAAGGGUGAAGGACUGAAGUUGACUUUCGACAAGCACGAGAAGAAGUGAAUUGCGAAACAUGAUUAUUGAUUAUUGAGGUAAUCUCUCUGUUUUAUUGAAAGUAUUUCUACGAUUUGUUUUGAAUAUUGAUCGAAUAAAGUAAGAAAGUUAAAAUUUA